AUGAAUUUUCCUUCUUGGUUAACUCAACCGCUUCUGAUUAACGUUUCUGAUGCUACAAUCCAAUACCAAGAAGAGUUAUCAGAAUUACAACAUGAUGAAUCAGUGAAGACUUUGUUUAAAUUGAAAGGUACAAAGAUGUGGCUAUAUGACGAGGUUGAAAGAAAAUAUCCUAAAAUUUCUACAUCAGCGAGAGAGCUACUGAUUCCUUUCCCUUCGUCUUAUUUGGUCGAAUGUGGUUUUAGUGCAGUUGAUAAUUUGCUCGAAGCCAAGAGAAACCGGCUUGAGAUUACAAAACAUGGCGAUUUACGACUGAAAUUAACAAAGUUGUCUCCUCAAAUUAAAAACUUGUGCUGUAUGCAUCAGGCACAGGGUUCUCACUAA